AUGAAUGGGAUGGGGCAGAACGAGACAAGAAGAAACACGACGAGGCUGAACGGAAAGGAAACGAACAUUGCAAGGCAAAACGGGAUGGAAAUGAAUAGGACAGGGCAAAACGAGGAAGGACGGAAAAGAAAUGAAUGGGUGAGGCAAAACGGGAUGAGAAUGAAUGGGGCAGGGCGGAACAAGACGGAAAGAAAUAGGACGAGGCAGAACAGAAAGGAAGGGAGGCUUCAGACCUCUGUGGCCAUAGUCUGGCCGAGGGCUUUCAUGGUGAAGGUGAGAUUUCUAGGAAGGUCCUCUAGAAGUUUGAAGCAGGGCUUGGCUGGUGCAUAA